CUCUUGGAUGUGUUCGUCGUCGUCAGCAAAGAGUGCGAAUAUAAUAGAGGGCCAGUACCAAUUCUUGUUCACUUGACAAGGUCUCGUCUCUAGUUGCAAUUGCAUUCUCUUUGCCUGCGGUUGGCAUAAAUUUAUCUCCAGAGGUCGACGGUUGUGCGUAAUUACUAAACAUAUUCAUAUCGAAGACAGUGCAGAAACGGCUACAUCGGACUACAUACAUAUAUAAAAAACAACACAGCAAAAAGACGAAAUGCUUUUGCAGCGAAACAAAUUAGGCAGCGUGCGCCCACCGAAACGUUGCAGAAGCGACAUGGACAACACAUCCACCUCGGACAUUGUCAUCAUUAAUGGCAAUUCGCAUCCGGAUCUGGCCAAUAUGGUGGCCGAACGCAUGGGCCUUAAGAACGGCGGCUGUUCCGUAUUCCACAAAUCGAAUCGAGAGACCAUCGUAGAGAUAAGUGAUUCUGUGCGCGGCAAGGACAUCUAUAUUAUACAAACGGGCACGAAGGAUGCCAAUAACAAUAUUAUGGAACUACUUAUUAUGGCCUAUGCGUGCAAAACGUCUUCGGCGCGCUCCAUUGUGGGCGUCAUUCCCUACUUACCUUACUCCAAGCAAUGCAAGAUGCGCAAGCGUGGCUGUAUUGUGUCGAAACUGCUGGCCAAGAUGAUGUGUACCUCAGGUCUGACACACAUCAUAACCAUGGACUUGCAUCAGAAGGAGAUCCAGGGCUUUUUCGACAUACCCGUGGAUAAUUUGCGGGCCUCGCCGUUUCUGCUGCAAUAUAUUCAGGAGAGCAUACCCGACUAUCGCAAUUCGGUGAUUGUGGCUCGCAAUCCAGGAGUUGCUAAGAAGGCCAAUUCAUAUGCGGAACGGCUGCGUCUCGGCCUGGCUGUCAUACAUGGCGAGCAAAAGGAGGCCGAGAGCGACGAAGUUGAUGGCCGAUAUUCGCCGCCGCCCACCAGUGCGUAUAGCAAUUUAUUAGGAAAUUCAGUUGAAAUGUGCUUACCAGUGACGCCUAGAAACUCUACCCCACAACAUGCACCUAGCAGUAGCCGUACGCGCACCACCUCCGUAUCGGUGGGCGUGCCGGAGCAUCCGGUGAAGGUCAAACCGCCACUGACCAUUGUCGGCGAUGUGAAUGGACGCAUAGCGAUCAUGGUGGACGAUCUGAUCGACGAUGUAAUGUCAUUUGUGGCAGCCGCUGAGAUGCUUAAGGAGAAUGGCGCUUGUAAAAUUUAUGUACUUGCAACACACGGACUUCUUAGUUCCGAUGCGCCGCGCUUGCUCGAGGAGUCGGUCAUCGAUGAGAUUGUUGUUACCAACACCAUUCCACAUGAGAUCCAAAAACUGCAGUGUCACAAGAUCAAGACUAUAGAUAUCUCUAUACUGAUUGCAGAGGCUAUUCGCCGCAUACACAACAAGGAGUCCAUGUCCUAUCUGUUUCGUAAUGUAACAUUGGAGGAUUAAGGAUGCACACGAAUAUACUAACACAAACACACACCUACACACGCUUCUCGAUUAGUCUCACGUAUUAUCAAGUCACAAAUAAAGGUCGACCAGUGAUUAAAUAAUUAUUCUAAAAAUGUAGAAAAUUCUAAACAGA